AAUGCAGAAUCCAGAGUGCCAUGGAGGGGUACAGAUGAGAAGCAGAGCAUCAGGUACCUGUGAUCCAAGGACAUCAUCAAGCGCCCCAAUAAAACCCAGGACUCCAGUUCAACAAAGUAAAUCCUUAUCGCUAACCAGUUCUCCAGAAUCAUUAAGAAAACUCCAUCCUCGGCCAAGUGAUAAACUUAACCCUAAAACAAUUAACCCAUUUGGCGAACAGUCACGAGCCCCUUCUGCGUUUGCAGCUAUUUACUCCAAAGGGGGAAUCCCUUGCAGAUUGGUUCAUGGUUCAGUAAAGCAUAAACUACAGUGGGAGUGCCCUCCUGAAAAUCUUCCAUUUGAUCCUCUUCUUAUUACUUUAGCUGAGGGCCUGAGAGAGACUAGACAUCCAUAUACCUUUGUAUCAAAGGAGGGCUUUCGAGAAUUACUUUUAGUCCAAGGGGCUCUCGAAAAGGCAGUACCUUUGCUUCCUAGACUGAUUCCUGUGCUAAAGGCUGCUCUGGUCCAUUCAGAUGAUGAAGUUUUUGAGAGAGGAUUGAAUGCUCUUGUACAAUUAAGUGUCAUUGUUGGCCCUUUUCUAAAUGAUCAUUUGAAGCUUCUACUUACAAGUCUUUCCAAGCGGCUAAGGAACAAAAAGUUCAAGGAGCCAAUCACCAGUGCAUUGCAAAAGCUAGAGCAGCAUGGUGGAAAGGGAAGCCUUAUCAUCAUCAAGUCUAAGAUUCCAACAUAUUGUUCCAUCUGUUGUUAAAUAAGGAAACCAGCCAAGAUCAUCUCACUACCUGGUAACAGAUUUCUAACACUGACCACAGGAAAUAUGGGACUUUUCAGAUGCAGCUCAGUUUAUUCUCUUACAGUUGUAACCUACAUUCAUUAGUGGUUGUUUGUGAUGAGUUUACAU